UUAUGUGUGGUCCCUGAACAAGCAAGUUUUCUUAAUAAAAUGAGUGGGUUUCUCUGUGGGGCUGCUACAGGGAAUGAGAACUUGCCUCCACCACUCCUGCAAGUUUCUCAGUUGCCUGAGAAAGCAGUUGCUGGCCAGGAGGAGAUGUCCCUUUUCCUCUUUGGAGCUGAAAACUCUCAUGCUUUAUUUUCACUUUAAUUCUGACAAAUUCUAUUAAAGUAGCCAAUUUAAGGGAAACAACAGGCCAGUCUCCUACCUAAUCACCCAAUACGAACUUACUUAGAGUUUUUUUUUAACUGGAUAACCCAGGUACCACUUCUUGAAACUAAUUUCAAGAAAAACCUUGAAAGAGUUAAUCUACCACCAAAUAAAAACAAAGAGUUUAUCCACCACCAAAUAAAAGUUAGGGUCAUCAGCCAAUAAAGUGAAAUCCAAUACCAAAGAGAGGCUCACCUAAAUUUCGUCUGGACUCACCAAGGAGCAGACAGGCACAAGGGGCUGCUGUUAGUAUCAAGAUUCUGGAUCCUCAUUGAGCUCAGACAAAGGAGAAAAGUCUGCUCUGGAUCCCUUCAUAGUCACCUGAAUUGUCAACUGAAAGAAAAUUGCGCAACAUAAAACUUGUGAGUUAAGUUUUAUUUGGGGAACUUACUGAGGACUAUAGCCCAGGAGACAGCCUCAGAUACCUCUGAGGAAGUGCUCCGAAGAGGUAAGGGUGGAACCAGGAUAUAUGAGUUUUUUGCUGGGAAAAAAUACAAACAAACAUCAAAAGACCACUACUAAUCACAAGGAACACAUAUCUCAAGUUAAAAGUUGUAGUGCUUUUAUUUGUAUGGGAAGGUACAAGAAUUUGGGUUCAUUGAAGUUAUUCCUUAGAUAAGCAUCUUAACUACCUAGGGCCAGUAUCCAAAGCACAGAAUUCCCCUCAGGGCGCACUGUCAGUAUCAGUCGGCAACUGACUUGAUCGGCUUGAGGUUGUAGAAAGGGAAUGACAGGCACUACUCUUUGUUUACCAGAAUGACAGACAACAUCUUUUGUUUUCAAAUGCCAGUCUCUAAAAUUCAUUUGGAAAUUUGAUUGAUGCAUGAAACCCCAAAGUCUUGAACCACAUAAGCUAUGUACAUGGGAGUGUUUUUUGUUUUUGUUUUUUAAUUUUGGAGUUUCUACUAUGCAUUAGGCAUAGUAGGGGAACAGGAUAACUAAACUACAGCUUCAGAGGCUUGAAUUCAAAUUAGAGCUCUGCCUCUAAUACUAACUGGGUCACCUUAGGCGAGUGAAGUAAACUUUCUGAGCCUGGGUUUCCUCAUCUAUAAAGUGAGGAUAAUUAAUAGUGCCUACCUUAUGUAACACACUUAGUCUAAAGCUAGGCACAAGUGAGUUAGUAUUAGAAUUAUUACCUAGGCAAUGGGAGAACCACAGUAAACAGCCACAGGCAAUGAAAAGGUGCCUGAGGGAACAAGGAUAAGGUAAUAAAUUUCACUCAUGUAUUGGUUGCAUUGUUGUUUCUGAAGUCCCUAACUUCCAGCCCAAAAGAGUACUUGUGUUCAUCUCUAUAGAUUAUACCACCUCAGGCAAAGCAUUCCCCAGAUCUCUGCCUCGGAUAUCUAUUAAAGAGUGGGCAAGUCCUCCUACUCCCCAGAAUAUUAGAACUCAAACUCUGGCCAGUAUCAGAACCACCUAGGGAACGUAGUAAAAACAAAAAGGCCCAAAUUCUUCCUACUUCAGUGAGUCUGGGUCUCUCUGUGCUUUAUUAUCUUCCCAGAUGGUUCUGAUAACACACCAACUUUCCAAACUGCCGUUAAAGAAAAAAAAAAAAAAAGACAAGGCUCCCUAGUUAUUCUAAAGGAUGAUAAAAGAUUAUCAUGAUUAAAAUCCCAUUUGUUCCACUGUCUGUGCAGAUGUCAAGCAGUUUAGGCAGUCCUUACAUAAGUUGCUUGUGCCCCAAGGGAAGCUAGGCCUGUAUCUCAGCAUCCAUUGAGAAUGAAAAGCGCAGUCCCUGGGGGCUUCAGUUCUUCAAAAGUCUUCUAUAACCUAGUGCCUGUGUCCCAGCAAGGGGGAAAGAGGAGCAAUACCUUUCCUAGGGUCACAUCAGCUUCACAGUAGAGCCGUGGUGGAACCCAGAGCCGCAGAUGCUUGGGCCAGUGUUAGAAGGGCUUAUCUGGAGGCUCCCACCCUGGAGGAUGCCCUCCUGCCUGCGGACAGGUGGUACAAGUUGGAAGUCUGCAGGCAGUGCCCUGCAAGUAUUCGUUUACCUGAUAUCUGGAAAGGACCCCAGCAAAAUUCUGAUAUUCCAGCAAACCCUUUCCCAAAGGUUUGAAGAUUAACUUGGGGUCUUCUCACAACUGGAGAGGAAACAAGAACUAGCCUUAUACCUAAACAUCUCAAGAUCCUUGACAAUCUUAUUGACCAAUCUUGUUGCCUCAGCCAGAACAAAGACCUGUCAGUUGGAUGAGAUCUGAGAUUAGAAUUGCAUUAUGGACUCUCAACGCUGUGAAUAAACAGGCCAGAGGAUGCAUCUUGCCUCCUCAGGCCAGAAAUACUGCCACGUAAUGGUGCCAGACAAGUGAAUAGAGGAUUUUUCUCAAACCGCAGUGUUUCCGUUGAUUCAGGGUAAGAAACUUGAAGGGUGGGGCCAGUAUUCAAACCUGGGGGUCAGUGUAGUGGUCAAAGCUACAGGCUUCAGAGAUAGAAAGAUAUGACAAGGGCAGAGUUUGGGCUCUGCGAAGGAGUUGUUGUGGCCUUAAGCAAGCUAUUGUUUACUUCCCUGAGCCUCGGUUUCCACAUGUGUGAAAACAAAAUAACAGUGCUACCCAGAAAAGUAGACAGGCUUUAUGGGGUCUGAAGCUUAUACCCUGGGAAUGAGGUUGUGGGUAGGAGUAAGGGGUGGAGAGGGCCUCUUUAAGAAAAAGAAUACAAAAUUACAAAUUCAAAAUUGCCUGGAGGACCUUGGAAAGGGCCCCAUGUAAGGGAGGGGCUCAGGCAAAUCUAUCUCAGUUGCUACCAGUUAGUUGUGAGAUCAUUUAAGUAAAGCUCAUGGCACAUGGGAUAAUGGUACGGGGAGUGGUAUGGCUUGAGUAAAAUGCUAUAAUUUUGAAGGAGGAGGAAAUUUUGGCCCAUUCAUCUGUCACUGAAGUAGAGAUAAUGACAGAGAAUGGAACACUAGAGAAACCUCCAAAACCUUCUUUAGCUGCAGAGUUCUAUCCUGACUGUCACAUGUGACCUUAGGCAGAUCACAGCCUCUCCUGAUGCCAGCAUCCUACCCAGUGAAGUGUGGCUAGGGGUUGUACAAUCUCUGCCUCUCCUCCCCUUCCCAAAAGAAUCCCCAUUCCUCUCUCCCUGGAGCCUCACAGAAGCUAAGAAGCAGUUAGAGGUGAGUAAGUGCUCCUUUUUUUCCAGCUUAAGAAAGGGGAGCUCCCAGAGGAUGCCUUACAACAAAUACACAGCCAGUGAGAAGUGGAGCCCCUGUCCUGGGUUGAAUAAGGAGGUGGGGGUGUGUAGAUAGUUUCUUAGAGGCAGAAAUAGGGCAUUGGUUAAAAAGCCUGAUGCACUGGGCUAUCGUCCUUACUCUGGCACUUUCUAGCUUAGGCAGAUCCAUUUAGUUCAGAGCCUGAUUUCCUCAUCAUUUAAUGUACAGGAUUAAAUGAGAAAAUAAAGGUAAAGCACUUAGGAAGAGUGUCUAUCCCUUAGUGAAGUGAUUAAUAAAUAUUAGUUAUUAAAAUGAUCAGUGUUGUAGUCGCUGUUGCCAUUACUGUAUUAGGUAAACAUGGAUGACUACUUUCCCAAAACCCUCCCUUCCUCUCCUCCUGCUGAUGAGUGAUCCUCUUCCACUGGGCUUCUUCAGGCAGGAGGAGCACCCUCCGGGGGAGGUGGGCGGGGCUUCAUUCUAGCUUGGCCAGAGCCUGCUAAGGCACAAGCCGCUGAGCUGGAGUUUGCACCUGACUAGACACCUUCCUGCUCAGUGCAGACCCCUGACCAUAGCCAGGAGCCCUGUCUUUCUGAAGCAGUUAUGCCCGAGACAAAGAGUGCUGAGGGUCCCCCAGGAGCUGUUGACCUCAAAAUGGACCUCAAGUCCCCUCCCCAAAGUGCCGAGAAGCUGCAGAACAAGGACUCCGGUUUCUUGGAUGGGAGCCCUUCAGAGUCGCCGGGCUUGGAAACGACGAAGGGCAUAACAGCAUUCCAGACCUUGGUUCACCUGGUGAAAGGUAACAUAGGCACAGGGAUCCUGGGACUACCCCUGGCUGUGAAGAAUGCAGGCAUCCUGAUGGGCCCGCUCAGUUUGCUGGCCAUGGGCCUCAUCUCCUGCCAUUGUAUGCACAUCCUGGUCAGGUGUGCCCAGCACUUCUGCCACAGGCUUAACAAACCGUUUAUGGACUAUGGGGAUACAGUGAUGCACGGACUAGAAGCCAGCCCCAGCACCUGGCUCCGGAACCAUGCACAUUGGGGAAGGCAUAUCGUGAGCUUCUUUCUCAUAGUCACCCAGUUGGGCUUCUGCUGCGUGUACAUUGUGUUUCUGGCCGAUAAUUUAAAACAGGUAGUGGAAGCAGUUAAUGGCACCACCAGCAACUGCCAUGACAACAUGACAGUGAUCCUGAUGCCCACCAUGGAUUCACGACUCUACAUGCUCACCUUCCUGCCCUUCCUGGUGCUGCUGGCCCUUAUUCGGAACCUCAGGAUCCUGACCAUCUUCUCCCUGUUGGCCAACAUCAGCAUGCUGGUCAGUUUAAUCAUCAUCAUCCAGUACAUCACCCAGGGAAUUCCAGACCCCAGCCAGUUGCCACUGGUAGCAAAUUGGAAGACCUACGCUCUCUUUUUUGGAACAGCCAUUUUUUCAUUUGAAAGCAUUGGUGUGGUUCUGCCCCUGGAAAACAAGAUGAAGGAUGCCCGCCGCUUCCCAGUCAUCCUGUCUUUGGGGAUGUCCAUCAUUACUGCCUUGUACAUCAGCAUCGGGACUCUAGGCUACCUGCGGUUCAGAAAUGACAUCAAGGCUAGCAUAACCCUUAACCUGCCCAACUGCUGGCUGUACCAGUCGGUCAAGCUCCUCUACAUCAUUGGCAUCCUGUGCACCUAUUCCCUGCAGUUCUACGUCCCUGCAGAAAUCAUUAUUCCCUUUGCCAUCUCCAAGGUGUCACAGCGCUGGGCACUGCCUCUGGACUUGUCCAUCCGCCUUGUCAUGGCCUGCCUGACGUGCAUCUUGGCCAUCCUUGUCCCCCGCCUGGACCUGGUUCUCUCCCUGGUGGGCUCCGUGAGCAGCAGUGCCCUGGCCCUCAUCAUCCCACCCCUCCUGGAGAUCGUCACCUACUACUCAGAGGGUAUGAGCCCCCUCACCAUCAUCAAGGACGCCCUGAUCAGCAUCCUGGGCUUCGUGGGCUUUGUGAUGGGUACUUACCAGGCCCUGGACGAGCUGAUCCAGUCAGAACACCUUCUCACCUUUCCCAACUCCACCACUUUUACUUAGUGAAAAUGGCACUGCUUCUUACCCACCAGCACCUGACUUUUAAUGAUAUAAACCUCUUUUAUAUGCAUUUAUAUGUGUUUUGCUGUUUUACCUUUCUCUGGGCUAAGCCACAGUGAAACAAGCACAGACUCACCAGCUACAAA